AUUAAAACAAACGAUAUAAAUUUUUCAUUUUUUUUUUAAACUCGCACAUAUAGAACAAAGAAAUGCAAUUCGAUUUUUCAGAAGGAUAUCCAGUAUUAGAAACAGAAAGACUUAUUAUAAAGAGAAUAACCAGGGAACAUUCUGAAGAUUUGUUUGUUAUUAGAUCAGAUGCAGAAUCUAUGGCAUUUGUACCACGUCCAUUAGCAAAAACUAUUGAUGAUGUCAAUAAAUGGAUAGACGAGUGUAAUAAACUUAUUGAUUCAAAAGACAUGGUUAAUUUUGGCUUUUUUUUAAAAGAAACUGGUAAAAUUAUUGGUAUUAUAGGGUAUGUCAGAAUGAAAAAAGAACAUUUCAGAGGCGAAAUUGGUUAUAUUUGCCACAGUAAACAUCAUAGAAAAGGAUACACUUCAGAGGCAUUUGAUGCAGUUGUUGAGUUUGGCUUUAAGGUAUUAAAAUUCCACACCAUCGAAGCUGUUAUUGACGCUACUAACGAAAAGUCACUUGGUUUAAUUUCAAAAAAGAAUGGUUUUAAACUUGAGGCCCAAUUUAGAGAUUGUUUUUACUAUGAGGGCAAAUUUUGUUCUCUUAAUCACUUUUGUAAAUUAAAUCCAUACGAAUAAUUAAUUUAAUUGAAUUUAAAAGUAAAAAUAAAUUUGUAGUAAAAUGUAUUUUAA